AUGGUACUAGACAGCAGCAGAAGGGCCGCUGCCGAGUGUGUUUCCGAAGAAGCACUCAUCCACCUAAAAUACUACAAAUAUUCCGCCGUCGACAAGUCCCCCAUAUCGAACUAUGUCCUCAAGCACUGGUGGAAUGCGUUUGUGGAGGUUCUGCCAUUAUGGGUCGCCCCAAACAUGGUGACUCUUCUAGGCUUCUUUUGCAUCUUGAUUAAUGUCGCCCUUUUGGUUAUCUAUAUGCCGGAUCUCGUGGGACCUGGCCCAACAUGGUUAUACUUCAGCUUUGCGUUCGGUCUCUUCAUGUACCAGACUUUCGACAACGUGGACGGCAAACAAGCGAGACGUACCGGCACAUCCAGCGGACUGGGAGAGCUCUUCGACCACGGCAUUGACAGCUUGAACUGCACCUUGGCCAGCUUGUUGGAAACCGCCGCAAUGGGUCUCGGGACCUCCAAGUCUGGUGUCUUCACCGCUCUCGUACCUUGCCUGCCCAUGUUCUUCUCGACAUGGGAGACCUACCACACGCACACCCUCUAUCUCGGAGUCAUCAACGGACCGACUGAAGGACUCCUGCUUGCCUGCAUGUUCAUGAUCCUGUCUGGGAUUUAUGGACCGGCUGUUUGGACCGAACCGCUGGUUGAUCUCGCCGAGGGUCGCGUCUACCUACUUAGUAACCUAGGUUUGACAAAGGACACUAUUGGCGACCUGUCGAUCCGGGACAUCUGGGUGGGACUGAUCAUCUUCUCGCUGCUGGCCACCCACAUUCCGUUUUGCGUUUUGAACGUCGUCAAGGCUCGGAGAGCUCGCGGCCAGCCCGUGGCUCCCGUUUUCCUCGAAUGGACCCCCAUGGCCAUCUUCACCUUUAGCAUCGGCGCCUGGGUCUACAGCCCAUACUCGUACAUCCGCACCGACAACCACCUCGUUCUUUUCUGCAUCAUCAUGAGCUUCGUCUUUGGCCGCAUGACGACCAAAAUGAUUCUUGCACACCUUACCAAGCAGCCAUUCCCCUACUGGACCGUCAUGCUGUGGCCGCUUGUUGGUGGCGCCGUCAUGGCCAACCUUCCUCGCAUCGGACUUCCGGCCGUCUCAGCGGAGUAUGAACACAUGUACCUGGUGUCUUACUUGGGCUUUGCGGCGAUUGUCUACUUCCGCUGGGCUUAUCUCGUUACGACGAGCAUUUGCAACUUUUUGGGCAUCAACUGCUUGACCAUUCCUUACGAAAAGCAGAUGGAGAACAAGAGAAAGGCAGCCGGUAUCAUCAACGGGCUUGCGCCAAAGAAGGAUUAAUUGAGAGGAAGAAAGCAUGAGGAGUAGUAGAGAAGAAUGAAACCUUCAUAUGCAUCGGGAUCGGGAAGAAGAGCAGGGCUGUCUUCGUUGGCAGCGGGUCGGUCGUGGGCUGGGAUUUGACUUUCUAAAAAGGUGGUUGGCAUUGCAUUGCAUCCUAGCAUGGCGUUUUUGGGUGUGUUGUCUGUCAUGAUGGCGUUUAAGCCCAUGCCUCAACGGUCAAGGGGUAACGGUUCUUGGCGAUAUCCUCUGGAGAGGGCCUGGAGUAACUUCUCUACAUAUAUACCUGGAUGGGAUUUCUAGAUGUGCUGCUCGAAGCAGGUCGGGUUGUUGUCGUUGUGUCGUAGUAGAUAGCGAGAGGUUUAUUAAUCGUUUUUAAUGUACAUAGUAGUAACAGCGAAUCAACUACGCUGGAUUUCCAUAGAGAUUAAAGAGUUAGAAGAGAAGACAAAUGAAUGAAUGAUAUGGGUAUGGAUGAAA